AUACAUCUUAAAAUGACUGAGAUUAAAAAGGAUGGUUACCUACAAGUAAAAGAAGAUGGAUUACGUGCUUGGAUAUGGUCCAAGAGAUAUGUAGUCUUACGAGAACAGACAAUUACUUUUCAUAGAAAUGAACAAACAGGCCAAUGUGUUGCACUUGUAUUCCUGAAAGAAAUAACAGCAGUGACAAGAUUGGAAUUAAAACCUUAUUGUUUUGAACUGGGUACAAAAUCAAAAUCUUAUUAUAUCGCAUGUAAAAAUGACGAAGAAUUGUAUUCUUGGAUGGAUGAGAUCUAUAAUCGCUCUCUCUUGGGCGCAUCAGGCCCAACUAACUUUGUACACAAAGUACACGUCGGCUUUGAUCCUAUCACGGGUGACUUUACAGGAUUACCUGAUCAAUGGAAUGCGUUAUUAAAGGGUUCAAAAAUUACACCAGAAGAUGCCGCAAAGAAUCCUCAAGCCGUAUUGGAAGCACUCGAAUUCUAUACAGAGCAAACGAGAUUAGACAAUAAGUCGGAAUGGAAAAAUGAUAACCUAAUUUCGAGUAAAUCAACUCCUGCGCCUGGUUACAUACGCCAACCUCCACCAAAACCCAAUCCGUCAAAAAAGGUUAGCCCGGAUCCAUUCAGCAAUGGGAUCGUAGUUGAGACAAACAAACCUGACGGAACAAACAAACCAAAACUAUUAGAUGCCUCAGGUUCAUUACCCAGAAAGCAUAAUAAUAAUACAUCUCGUAUGCCCAAGAUAUCAGCCGAAAGAAAUUUACGUUUUGAAAGAGAAAAGGAAAAGUUAAAGGAGGUCGCUGCUGCUUUAGAUCGCGAUCGAAACUUGAUGCGCUGCUUGGGUCAGCCUCUAAAGCCACCCACCCCUCAACAUCAAGCAUCAACCCCCGUACGCUCAAAUCGAUCUUCUCUUACCUUGGUUGACAAGCCUGUUCAGAAAAAGAAGGAGCAAAGAAUUAGUACGAUGUCAGAUACCCAAAUCUUGGAGAAACUAAGGUCUGUCGUAAACGCAGGUGAUCCAAAUUCACUCUACAUUAGAUCGAAGCGAAUAGGACAAGGUGCCUCGGGCUCUGUCUAUUUAGCUUACCAUAUGAGCACAGAUACCAAGGUAGCCAUUAAGCGAAUGGAUUUGUCCAAGCAAUCCAGAUUAGACUUGAUAGUCAACGAGAUCAUGAUUAUGAAAGAAUCACAUCACAAGAACAUUGUCAACUUUCUUAACGCUUAUUUGGUUCAAAAUGACUUGUGGGUUGUUAUGGAGUAUAUGGAAGGCGGCCCCUUGACAGAUGUGAUUGAAAAUAAUACCAUGACUGAGCAACAAAUAGCUACUGUGUGUUAUGAGACUGCAAAGGGACUCGAACAUCUGCACUCACAGAAAAUCAUUCAUCGUGAUAUUAAGUCGGACAAUGUUCUAUUAAACUUUCAAGGCCAAGUCAAGAUAAGUGACUUCGGAUAUUGUGCCAAACUGACAGAUCAAAAGAAUAAGAGAGCGACGAUGGUGGGUACACCUUAUUGGAUGGCACCUGAAGUAGUCAAGCAAAAGGAAUACGGUGCCAAAGUUGAUAUUUGGUCCUUGGGUAUCAUGGCUAUUGAAAUGAUCGAAAAUGAACCACCUUACUUGGACGAAGAGCCGCUCAAGGCACUCUACCUUAUCGCUACGAACGGAACACCUACCUUAAAGAGCCCAGAAAGAUUGUCUGCUGAACUGAGGAACUACUUGGCUGUAUGUUUGUGUGUGGAUGUAAAAUCAAGAGCUACUGCUGCUGAGUUGUUACAGCAUGAAUUCUUAAAGAAAGCUGGUCCUGUGGAGAUGAUCUUGCCAUCUCUUUUAAAGUUUAAA